AUGAAAAUUAUUUUUUUAGUAAUCAAUGUGAUCCAUACUAUUCCUUUAUUUUAUAUCAAUAGUGAAUAAGAAAUUUCAUUGUACCCAACAGAAGGAGAAUUUUAUAAAUACUAUAUUGAUUCAGCUUAAGCUGAUUAUUAACUAAUAUGCAAAAUUGAUCCUUAAGUUCCAAAUGUAUAAGUUAUGAAUUAAUGCGAAGAAAUAUAUAAAACAUAAGGAAAUAGUAAGAUAUAAAAAUACAAUUAUAGAAUUUAAAUCAAUGUCAUCAAAUAAUACACAUUUUAUAACUUUAUCAUAUGAAAAUGAAGUAACUUUGUAUGAGUGGAACAAUUAAAUAAUUGAAUAAGUUGGAGAAUCUGUGACAAUUGAUUCUUCACUUAAUUGUUUUAAUAUCAAUUUAUCUGGAGAUUUUGCUAUUUUAGUUGAUUGCUAUUAAAAUGACGAAUUCCUUUUAAUUUAAUUAUUGGAUAAUUAAUCAAUCCCUGCUUAUUAAGUGUAAUCAUCUAUACCUACUUCAACCAAAAUAUAAGCAAUUGUUAAUGGAACCAAUGUUUUUUUAGUAUAUGCCUAAUAUUUUUAAGAAUAUUCCAUACUUUCACUGUUCUCAUCAUAAUUUCAAAAUUAAAGCAGCUUAUAAAAUAAAUUUAUUGAUUUUGACAUCCCCAUUACAAUAAGUCCUAAUAUUUAUGCAAUUACUUCUCAAGAGAUAUUCUAAAUAUCCAUAUCUCCACAAUCUCAAUUUUAUAUAAAAAGUAAUUUAAGCAAUGAGAAUAUCAAUACUUUAACAACUAUUAAUGUUUAUUAUGAUUUAUCUAUUUAUUCUUAAUGUGAUCAAAUAUUUUUGGCAUAUUAUUUAACUUAAGAAGAAUCUUGCAUUAUUUAACUAUAUGGAUGUGAAAAUUCUAUAAUUCUGACAUAAAAUUAAUAAUGUGGGUUUCUAUCUGAGUCCAUUCUAAAAAUUCUUUUAAAUAGCUAUUUUAUGAUAGUUUAAUUAGAUUAUAAAAUAUUUAUUUACAAAAAACAGUCAAAUGGAUAGUAUAUGUAUUUACUAAGUCAUUAAAGUAAUUCCUUAUUAUAUUUCAAUUCUGAUAAUGAAUUAUUUUCAUUUAGUUAGCAGAUAAGAAUUUAUAAAACGCGAGUGCCUUACUUAUAAGUCAAUUUAACCAACUUAGAAGCUGCUGGAAAUAAUUAUACAUUUAUACUUUUAUGUCAGAAUCUAGGAUACAAAACUUACACUUACUCUAACAUUUAACUUUAGGUAUUACCUUAGAAUGAUACAAAUAUCUAUGUAAUGUUUAAUUAAAAUUUUCCUUAAAAUUAGACUUCAUUGGAACUUAAUGUUACAAAUAACUUUUAUAGCUUUUCAGGAUAAUUAUUACAAUAUAAACAAAAUCCAGAUGAAAUACCUUUAAAUUUUACCUUAAUGGCUGAAGAAUAUGCUGGCCAAAUUAAUUAAAGUUAUUACUUAGUAUAACCUUUGUCGCUGACAUAGGAGCAGCAAAUCCUUUUAUAUUUAAUAGGAUAUAAUAAUUAUUCAAUUGAUAUUUUGUAAAGUGAAGUAUAUCCGACGUCAACCUAUUAAUUCAGUUAAAUAUGUUCAAUAAAGAUUAGUAUAAAUGCUAGUUCUUUAUAAGUUGCUUAUAGCAUUUAUCCAUAAAUGAUGAUAAUAGGACUUAGUUCUAAUAAUACAAUCUAUUUAUUUUAAUUCUAUAAUUCUACUAAUAGUAUCAUUAGUUAUUCAAAUUAUACCUUUAACUCAUAAUUUUCAGAUUUUGUAGUCACUUAUAGUAAUAUUAUAAUUCUAAUUCCAAAUCAAUAAAUUGAAAUAACGACAUUUAAUUUUACAAAUACUUUUACUUUAAAUUAAUCAUCAAUAAAUAAAUUGUUCAAUAAUAUAGAAUUCAAUCCAAUAUAAAUAGUAGUGAAUACAUAAUUAUUGUCAUCUUUAUUAUAUAUAAACAAUAUAAAUGAAGUAAUAAUAAUUUCAAUUGAUGAUAAUAGCAUUCCAAUACCAAUUUCAUUAAUUAAAGUCAAUUACAAAAUAAAGUAGAUAAAUAUAAUAAGUUAAUAAUUAAUCUUAUCAUAUUUAUGUAAUGAUGAUCAAAAUACGUGCUUUUAAGUUUAUAAUGUAUAAAAUCUACCAAUAUACUAUUUUGUAAAGAAUCUAUAUAGUGUAAAUGUGGAUAGUGAAGUAACAAUAUAAUCAGAUAACCUAUUCUUAUAUGUUACGUUUAGUAAUUACACUGUUUAUGCUUAUAAUCCUUCCUUACCAUAUCAUAUGAGUUUAUAUUAUAUGUUAAAAUUAACUUCGCCAAUUUAAUGUGCUUAGGCGUUUAAAAAUAUUUUAUUUUAUGCGCCUCAAUUUCAAUUUACAUCAUCAAUGAUACUACUUUCAAACAAUAAAAUUUUUCAACUUUAUAGAAUGUAAAAAUUUAAGAUAACUACUGAGUUCUACAAUUAGGAUUUUAACAAUACAAUAGUUUACCCCUAAUUCAUUUUUAAUUAUAAUGUAACUUCAGCAUUAAAUGAAACGGCUUUAUAAUAGACUCCUAAUUAAAGUAUUAUUUUAUAUUCAAAUUUCACAGUAUUUUUGAAUCAAAGAAAUUUAUCUAUAAAUUUAAUUUCAGAUAAUAUAAUUCCUGGUUCGAUAAAUUUCUCAUAUCCUAUGCAUUUAAUUGUUGAUAGAUAAGUUGGAUAUUGCACAUUAAAAAAUCUUGCUUUAACUAAUGAUUUAAACAAAUAUUGUAGUUUGACUCAAGCAUUUUAAUAUAAAUCUACGAGCAUUCCAAAUUAUAGCAAUUUCUCUUUAAUUACUUCAAUAAAUAAUGAAUGUUUUGCUUUAUAAAAUAGCUCUUACAUAUAAACAGUAAAUAGUGACUUAACAUAAGUAUUAAAUUUAAGUUAUUCUAAUCUAAAUUUAACCUAAUGUCUAAAAUCAACAUCAAACAAUUACACAUUAUAUUCAAUUUGUGGAAAUAGUACUUCAUAAUAUUUGCUUAAUUUUACUUUAAAUUGUGAUGGUAAUAUAGUAUUAAGUGAAACUAUAUAAUUACCCAAAACGUUUUAAAGUAUUUCCAAAUUUAACGCCAUUUCAAAUCAAAUUUUUAUUCUAGGUACUUUGAAAAAUUCAUCGUUAUAAUAAUUGUAUUGGUUUAAUCAGUCUAACAACAACUUAUUGGAAAUAGACAAAUAGAAUCAUGGGAUGUGCCAAGAUUUCUCUAUAGCAUAAAUACCAAAUAGGCCUCAAAAUGAUUAAUUACAAUAAAUAAUUGUUUUAUAUAUUUAGAGGUUUAUAGUCUAUAGUAGAAUGAUGGUAGUUAAUAAUUAAGUCAUCGAAUUAGGAAAUAUAAUUAUUAUUAACAUUUAAUUUGCCUGCCAAUAUUAAUAUUUUUUGCAAACUCAAAUAGAAUAUAAUUUGGUUCUAAUUAUGCAAGCAUCAACUAAUAGUAUAAUGAUACUUUUGAGCGAUAUGUACUUUAGUUUCAUCGUCGAAGUAAGGUUACGAUUAUAUUAAUAAUUUAAUCAAAACAUUUACAAAGGCAUAGGCUUUAGAACUAUUCCAAAUUUUGGCGAUUUAAAUAAUACUGGAAAUUUUUUUUAUUAGAAUAUGAUUUUGAUGCAGCAAUUUAAAUACAUGAAUACAUACAUAAUCGGAGUCUAUUAUCUGAAUAAUCUCAAAGAUGAAAAUUUAAAGGAACCCAUUCUGAUGUAAGGUUCAUAUAACGCGACAGUAUCUGAUUAUGCGAUGAUUACUAAUUAAUAAUAUGAAUAUGGAACAGCAAUAUACUUUUAUAACUAAAAAAUAUAUAAUUACCCAAUAAGUACUUGGAAUGUAACUUGUAUUGCUAAUACAAAAAGUAAUUAAAUAAAUAUUUCUAUAUUUUGCUAAAACGGAUUUUCAAAUGGUAUCUACAACAUUAAAUUUUAUCUGCCUCCUGAAUUUCAUUUUAACUUUGGUCCAUCUGCUUAUAUCCUAUUUUUAAUAAUUAUUAUACUGCUUAUAUUUUUCUACUUUAGAUUUAGAAAACGGACAAAGAGGGUUGGGUUUAUUUAUUCAGAAGUUGAAUUAUGA